AUGACAUGUCCCGUCGUGUUCGUCCCAGGCGGUACCGAUACACUGUCUAUCGAGGACGCAGAAACAGGAUCUCGGAUCUCGGGUCUCGAAGACGACAAGAUGGUAGAUAGCCCGGUCUUGUUUCCCACGCGCCCGCAACCCGCCCUUGCCACGAUAGCCAUCCCAGCGAGAGAGAGAGAGAGAGAGAGAGAGCGAGAGCGAGAGAGAGCGCGAAGCUGCAACGGUUGGCCAGAUCCUGCCGUUGCCGUUGCCGUAGCCAUACUUCUCGACAUCGAUGCUUUGUACACCGCACCUGCCCAUCACGACAACUGCGCAGCCCAUUUAGCUUUCGGAAUUCGCGCGCAGCCCUUCAUGUCUACCACCAGCUACCAGCAGCCCGCCAGCAACCACGACCACUUGUAUGGCCUAGCGACGCCCUCCUGGCCAGCGGACUCUAAUGUGAACCACGACUCGUACACCGGCCCGUCGCCGGCUCAAUAUCUCCACUACCCCCCCGGAGACGGCUCCGCGCCUCUGCAACCGCCAAACCCUCCUCCUACAUCCGCCUGGGCCAGUAAUGACAUCCGGUCAGAGAUACAUGAAUGGCAGCCUGCGCCAGUGGAGCACAUGGUGCCGGCCCGCUCCUCAGCCUCAUAUCCGCCCGCCGCAUCGCACGUUGCCUCGCACCACUACCAGCAGCCAUCCAGCCUUGACAUCCAUCCCACCCCUCCGUCGACCCUACCCUUGAACCGGCCCAACCACCAUGUCACCCAGCAAAGUACACAUGAAUUUGAUCAUGUGCGCCUGCCAUCGGAGCCAUCCGUCAACAUGGCACAUGCAUCCUUCUCCACACUGGCUCUGAAGCAGCCUGUGGUUUCACAGUACCCGCAGCCUCCUCUGCACAUGUCCCCACUGCAUGACAGUAUUCAUAACAACGACACGGUUCCGUCACAGCCUGUCGCGCCUUGGAGCAUGCAAUCGCCAUAUCUCGAACAUCCUGACAAUGCGUAUGCGAAUGUCGCAACGACUGCUGUACAGAGCAGCCCAUCUGCCCCAACAUGGCCUCUCGAUGCCUCUAGCGCGAUGAUGGCACCCCCAUUGUAUCAAAGCCGCCACGACAGUAGCCAGGAAUGGUCGGUUCUGCCGGUACAGCAUGCACAUCGGGCAUACGAAGAGCAACGCGCCCCGCUUGAUCCAUUUGCCAAUACCGUUAUGCCCCAGAUUGCCCAGGAGAGACCGUCUUCGAAGAAGAAGGCUGCCAAGGUUCCCUCGUCGUUUGUAGAGCGCCAGGAGAAAUUAAAGAUUUCCAGGCGGCGAGGCCCUCUUCACGAAAAGCAGAGAGAAAAGACGCAUACUAUGCGCAAAACCAAGAGGAUUUGCGUUCGCUGCAGGUUUUACAAGUCUGGUUGCGACGAGGGCGAUCCAUGUGAAAAGUGUGAAAAAAUAACGGGGCAUGCUAGAUCUUUCCGGGAGCCUUGUUACAGGGAGCACCUAGAGGACACGAGCUUGGUACGCCGAUGCAAUGGCCGUGAGCAUCAAGAGGAGGCCGAAUUCCUGGGCUACGAUUGGGUUCAGCACAGCCAGCUCUUCGAAAUGGAUAUCAUCUGGAAUCUUCCAGGCUACGGUCCAAUACCAAACGCACAGCCCAUGCGCAUCACCUUCAGACCGUAUAACCCAAGAAGGGGUUCGCUCGAUAUGGCGGCUUCGGUCUGGACAAAUAAAAAUGGCGAGGUGAAGUCAGUUCAACAGCCAGCAUAUGCUGUAUACGAUACAGCGAACCUUGUACCAACAUUUGAGAGGUAUUUUGCAACUCUACAGCCUGCAAUCGAGGAAUGGAUCUUCUCCCGGAUUCGCCAGGAUGAAGUGGCUUACCACACCUACCGGGAGGUGGUUCGCAUGCGAAGCCUGAAAGAAUCAAAAGCCCUCGACUUGGCGAUGCGGCUUCAGUGUCUUUCUGUCGUCUCGCAAGGCUAUGGUUCUGUUUGGUCCAACGACAUACCCGGCAUUAAGGAGUACGACUACACGCGACUUGGUCGCAGCGAUUAUGAAGCGUACGAUCGAAAUUCUCGUGAUCGGCCUUUGCCAGGAGCGAUUACUCAUCAGAUGGAUGUUGCUGCAGUCAAAUAUUUGCGAAAGCUGGAAAAGAUGUUUGUGAAAGAGAUGGCGGCACUCAUCUUCAAACCUCGGAUCAAACCUUGGUAUGAGUUGUUUCUGGCGUUUUAUGUCAUCUUCUGGAAUCUGGACUACAUUCAGCACGGGGCUCACGACUACAUCAAGUCUAAGAACGGCACUUUGAUCGGAAAUCAAGUGAGCAACGUGGUGUCGACACAGAUCAAGAAAUGGCAAUUUGCUUUUCCCGUUUUGCUGUAUCAUUGGCGCUGUAUUCUUCGUGGCUAUUCUCCGUUCAAACUUGCGCGCGACAACCCCGAAGAGUUACGAGAGAAGGGUCACAUCGAUUCUGAAGGUUUCGACUAUGUGACUAGAAUUGCCAAUUUCUUUGACAGGUCAGACCCAGACCGAUUUCAACCGCCUCUGACCGGCUAUGCUGCGGUGCAUUGGUCCACUUCGAACGAAUGGAUCGUAAGGCUUUUUAGAGAAGCCGGUGCUUGA